AGAUGCAGCUACAAUGGCUUUGAACCAUUUUGCUCAAGGAAAGAGACAUUUAAUUGUUGGAGACAUACCAUCUGCAGUGAAUUCUCUCCAGGAGGCUUGUAAGUUACUGGCUGAUCAGUAUGGAGAAACUGCACCAGAGUGUGGCGAUGCAUAUUUCUGUUACGGCAAAGCUUUACUGGAAAUGGCACGCAUGGAGAGUGGAGUGAUUGGGAAUGCUCUUGAGGGAGUACCUAAGGAAGAAGAUGCAGAGAAAUCUGAAGCCAAGAAACCAGAGGGGCCCAAAGAGGAAGGAAGUGUUGAGAACGACGAUGAAGAUUCGGAAGGUGAUGGAGAUUCUCAAGAGGGUGAAGGGGAAGGGGAAGGGGAUGGUGAAUCUCAGGAUGGUGAAGAACAAGAAGGCGAAGCACAAGAAGGUGAAAAUGAAGGUGAAGGGGACAAAACGGAAGAGGAUGAAGAAGAAGUUUCAAACUUACAGCUAUCUUGGGAAAUGCUGGAAUUAGCUAAGAUUAUCUUUGAGAAACAGACAGAUACCAAUCCAAAAAUGAAAGAAAAAGUUGCAGAAGUGUUUCUCAAACUGGGAGAAGUUGGCUUAGAAAGUGAGAAUUACACUCAGGGCAUUGAAGAUUUCAAACGCUGUUUGGAGAUUCAAACAAGUGUUCUAAAUAGUGAUGACAGAUUUAUAGCAGAGACUCAAUAUCAGCUUGGCAUUGCAUUUUCAUUUGUGGAUGAAUUUGAUCUUGCAAUAGAGAGCUUCAAAGCUGCUGUUACAGUUUUGGAAUGCAGAAUAAGUAACCUUGAGAAAAUGAAAAAGGAAAAGGCAGAGUGGACUGAAGAGCAAAGAGUCAAAGAUGCUGCCACAAGAGUUGAUCCGUUCUACACAGAGCAAGGAGAGAUAGAUGAGCUAAAUCAGUUACUUCCAGAAAUAAAAGAGAAAAUAGUAGACAUGGAACAGAUGAAGAAAGAUUCCCAUGAGAGAGUUAAAGCAGCUGCAGCAAUGGAGCUGGGAAAAUUAACAGGAGAAUCAUCUCAAGGAAGCAGCAGUUCACAGAACCCAUUCUCAGGGCCAAGUACCUCCUCAAAUAAAGAAGCAAAACCUAUUAUGGUUGUAAGAAAGAAGCAGAGAAAACUGGAAGAAGGUGAGAGUGAAGAUUCUAAAAAAAUAAAAUGUGAAAAUGGGGAUUCUGCUUCAGUUGUAAAUGGAUCUAAAAUGACAAAUGGACAGACUUCUAAUGCAGUUACAGAAAGAAAAGAGGCCUCAGAUGAUGUAGCAGCAGAACUGAAAGAUAAGUCUUCAGAAACAGUGAAGAAGGUAGAACUUAAAUCAUUAUCUUAAUGUGUAAAUGUGUAAUUUAGGUUGACUCACUUUUCUUGUAUAAUUUUUGAUUUUGAAUACAGAGUAUACAUUUGUUUUAAGGAUUUUCAUAUUUAUUAUAUUUGGUAUUAACAAAA